CGACCUUUCCCCGAGCUGGUACCUCCCAGACGGGUUGGGCGAGGACUCCUAUAAUUCCCAAUCCAAACUGAGGGUAAUGGGAGUUGCAGCCAACCCAUCCAGGCAGCACCAGGUUGGAGAAAGCGGCUUUAAAGUGUUCAGCAUUAACAGCUGUGUGACAGCCAGGAAUCCAACAGAUUUCCAGCCUCCCUUUAUAUUAAUGUCUGGGACCACAGUCACGGCUUCUUUGGCUGGCAGCUUGGCAGAUGUCUUCUCUCUUGCUGUAGUAGACAAUGAAACAGGAUUGCUGCCCUCUGAAGACUGUAGUGGAAGAAACAGAACUGGUGACUGGAGUUUGAAUGUCACAUAUCAAGUGAAUAUUUCCAGAGUGACUGUGCACUUGAACAAGACUCCGCACCUGUGCACUGAGAACCUCACCAGCUGCUGCUCAGAGGAACCUUGCGUGCUGGAAGCUUUGCAAGUCUCAGCUUGUCACGGGUUGAAGGUCGUGGCCCGUCUGUUGAUCCAAGCUAAAAUAUAUGCCAAUACGUCCUUGGGAAACAUGACAGGAAAAACAGAAGAUAAUGCGACAGUGAUUCCUAAUCAAGUGUUUCAGCCUUUGGGCUCUUGCCCCUGCAAUCUUACUGCAGGAGCCUGUGAUAUCCGUUGCUGCUGUGAUCUGGAAUGCUCCUCAGAGAUGAAGCAGCUGUUCAGCGGGUCGUGUUUUAGAGGUGUGUUUGGUGGGGACGUCAACCCACCUUUUGACCAAAUGUGCUCCGCCCACCCAGGAAGCAGUGCCCCUGACUGGUUUCCCUUCUUAUGCGUGCAGUCCUCACUUGACAAUACACCUUUCCUGGGUUAUUUCUAUCAAGGGGCAUUAUCCUCACGUGAAGUCUCUUCAUUUAAGAUUCCAUUCCAAACCAUCCCAGGAAAACUUUUUAGUGGUUACAAGCAAGGAGAUCCGAUUCUGAACAUGCAAAAUGAGUAUUUUACCAUUCCUCAGCAAUUCCUAGCUGGGCAAUGUGCGAGAAAUGCCCCCAUCGCAUUCCUUCGCAAUGUUGAAGCUAAAUGUCUCGCUACUUGUAAGGAGGCUGGGAGCUCGAUGCUUGAUAGAGCAAUAAACAGCGGUACUGGCGAUGCCGUCAAGCCACAAGUGACUAAGCAGAUAAAAUUGAAUGUAGGUAGCUGUGCUGGUACAGAAUGCAGAGAUACGACGUUUGCAGAAGAUUAUACAAUCAUAUGGGAAGGCAAGAGAAUAAUAGAAAUUAAAGUCAAAGUCCUUACUGGAGUGAUAUGUUCAGAAGAGGUACUGAUGCAGAAGUUCACCGUCAGCUUUGUGAGUGUAAAUGCUAGCAGCACAGAAGAAUUAUCUGGGAAUCCAGGUUAUCAAGUUGGCAAACCAAUUCGAGCAGCAAAUCUGAAUUCUUCUGAUUUGGUUACCACUUUAAAUCUUUGGAAGCCUGAUGGUAAGGGCUCAUGUGCGUCGGCCGGGCUCACGCCACUUUUGUUUGGAUUGAAUUCAGUCUCUGGAUGCAUUGAAGAGGUCGAUCUGAAGGACAGCUGCAGUCAGCUGAGAGAGAAUGUUGCUAAAAGACUAAAUUCCUUGGUGGAAGUUAGCCAUGUUGGGAAGAGAGGCAACUCCAAUGCCAGUGUCCUCGAUGACUGGGUGGAGAUCAUCCGUUUAGAUACACUUGGUCCCAAUACAAAUGAAAGUUUUGAGAAUUUAAAAGGCACCUGCCCCGAUAUUCCCGCACACUUGAAUAUUCAGAUAAUCACUGCUGAUGUGGGCGCUGUCGAAGGGAUUCCGCAGCAGGAGAUACUUGGUGUACAGCUCAGCUUUUCAAUGGUAACCUGGCAAGUUCAGUGUCCAAUUAUCUGUGAAGAUAAAACCAGCACUCUGCCUAUCUCUGUUGCGGUACAAUUUAUUAAAAUACCGGUUCAACCUCCUGUUCCAAUGACAAGAUUUCAGAUUAACUACACAGAAUAUGACUGCAGGAGAAAUGAUGUUUGCUGGCCCGAGCUUUUUUAUCCCUUGACGCGCUACUACACAGGAGAGCCGUACUCCCACUCUCUUGCUAAAGGUUUGGUGCUGGUAUUUUUCAUCCUAAUUGGAGUAGUGCUGAGUGUUCCUUGGAGAAAUGACUAAGUAUGACUCUUCAGUUUACCAACAGCAAAGGCAGCCAUUUUGAUAAAGCUUUUUAAUACUUUUAAUAAGGACUUUUCAAGAAAAAUUAUGGAAACAUAUUUGUUUUUAAUGUAUAUUUUUCUAAGGUCAAACAGUAAAAUAAAUAUAAUGUAUUUACAAAAUCAUA